AUAAAAUUCUUCAAUCUAGAGUUCCCACUUCCCACUGGGAAGUGUGAGCAUCAGAUUUAUCUCCGCACUUUUGCUGCCGCAAGGAAAUCAUAGAUCCCAAUUUCCGAGUUCUCGGUGUUUCCACGUCGACCCUGCGGCUGCCGUCCGGCCAUCAAACUCGCUGUCGAUCGUAGAGGUGCUCGACAAAAAAGCCUCUAAGAACCGUUGAAGCUAGGAAACAAGAAAAUUUUAGAGUUGUUUAUACCCAUAUGUUCGUAGCUCUAUGAUCAGCAAAAGAUGUGGAGGCGACUAACUGCACUCUCCCAGCGCUUUACUUCAUCAUCUAAACCUUCUCAUCGUCAGAUUCGACCAGCUGAUGGGGGUACACAUUGGCAAGAGUUUUGUUCUGAUGCUCACAAGCAGGCUGAAGGUGGAAUCUCUUCCCAGAAAACGACCCCGUUUAUAGCUUUUGUUCUAGGUGGUCCCGGUAGUGGAAAGGGCACUCAAUGUAUGAGAAUCGUUGAUACCUAUGGGUUUACUCACAUAAGUGCUGGAGAACUAUUAAGGAAAGAAAUGGAUUCCAAUAGCGAAUCCAGUGCUAUGAUUCAGAAGAUUAUGAAUGAAGGAAAAAUUGUUCCAUCAGCGGUGACUGUCAAGCUACUUCAAAAGGCCAUUGAAUCAGGUGAAAAUAAUAGGUUUCUCAUCGAUGGUUUCCCAAGAAGCGAAGAGAACCGCAUAUCAUUUGAGCAAACAAUUGGUGCUGAACCAAAUUUUGUGCUUUUCUUUGACUGUCCUGAAGAAGUGAUGAUCAAACGAGUACUGAACCGUAACGAGGGACGACCAGAUGACAAUGAAGAUACCAUAAGAGCACGUCUGAAAACAUUCAGAGCUGUGAGCUUUCCUGUAAUUGAAUACUAUGCCAAGAAAGGGAAGGUUUACAAGAUUGAUGGUACCGGAACAGCGGAUGAGAUAUUUGAACGAGUCCGCCCCAUUUUCUCAGCAUUUAGGUAAGAAGGGUGUACAUGAAUAGAUUCAAUCUUGUCCAUGAUUGUUGGUGCACAUGAACAAAUGAAUGGUUUUUGACUUGGCAGCCCGGUGCACAAAGCGUCACCGUGCUUCGCGAGGGUCUAGGGAAGGGUCCCACAGUUAUGGUUUCUUGAUGUUCCUAACAAUAAAGGAUCCAUGGGAUCACAUACAAAUUUACUUAUUUUCUGUGCAUAAUAUGUUUACCUUCAAUGGAGGUUAAACAGAGUGGCUUUUAGCCUUUUACUCUAGCUGUUCUUGAGUGUCCAUUUAGAGAGAAAUUGAAUUGAAUAAUUUUCAGUCUGUUGGCAUUCAAUGACCCUUUCUUUUUACCCUAAACCUUUUACCCUGGCCUUGUACUUCCCCAGCUAGUGUAAGAAAAAAAAUUACACCACAGAU